GCUAAAAAGAAGAGGCGUGUGACCUGGGCCCCUGGGGCUGUAAGCCAAGAUGGGGGAAUGCCUUUCUUAGAAGAUUUUCCUAGUAGACCUAAACGCUUUAAAACUUCUCCAUCUUGUGUCACAGAGAUGGAAGAAUCUGUCUCCUCGGAAUUCUCAGAAUAUGAUGAUCAAUGCAUGACAGCCAGUAUUAUAAUGCCUGAGGAAGAAUGGAUCCCAGGAUCUGAAAGAAACUUUACUUCUAAAGACUUUACCGAGUCAUUUCAGCUUCGCCAAAGGCUCGUGGAAGAAAGGGCUGAGGAUACUCAAUUGGAGAUGGAGAAAUUGUUAGCUUAUGUAAAAUUACAAGAAGAUGAGGUUAAUACACAGAAGAAUUUAGUUCUUGAGGAACAACAGAUGUUUCAGAAACUUGAAGAGGAAUUUAAAGAAGAAACAAAAAAACUAAAAGAAAAGCAUCUAAUUUUAAAAAUUCAAGAUAGUAUAGAUGAAAAGGAACUCUUUUCCCAAAAUUACACAGAACAUAUUCAGAAAGUAGAAUUGAUUAUCAGUUGCAAUGGUGAUAAAUUUGAAAAUGGGAUUACCCGAAUUAAUAGAGGAAUGGAACAUUUUUCCAAAUUACCAGAAG